UGCGAAGGUGCUGAUCUCUACAGACGCUAAUUCAUUUUCUAUUAUAGCUAUUAUUUUUAUGAUUUGUUUGAAUUUUAUUUGAAUGAUGAAGAAAUCAAGAGAUGUUUCCUAAUAUAAAUUGUAAACGACUCCUCAAAGAGGAUAUCGAAAUCCCAUGCAAAGAACUUGCAUUGUAUUUGUUGGGAAAAAUACUAGUUCGAAAGUUAGGAGAUGGAUCAAUUCUGAAAGGAAUAAUAGUAGAAACUGAGUGUUAUUUAGGUGGAGAAGAUAAAGCCUCUCACAGUUUCAAUGGCAGACGAACUUCCGCAAACGAACCGAUGUACAUGCCUGCCGGAACAACUUAUGUUUAUAUGACUUAUGGGAUGUACUAUUGCUUGAAUAUUUCCAGCAAAGAGCCAGGAGCAGCCGUUUUACUGAGAGCUAUUGAACCCUUAUGCGGAAUUGAUAUUAUGAAAUCCUCAAGAGCGCAGAAAAAUAAACGUGGCAAGCAAAUCGAAACGAUUUCAAAAUUAUGUGAUGGGCCCUCUAAACUCUGCAAUGCAAUGAACAUAACCAAAGAAAAUUGUAAUAAAAUUGACCUAACAGAUCUGAAGAAUGAAGAUAUUUGGUUGGAGGAGCAUCCUGAAAUCGUUGAAGAUUUCACAGUAGUUCAUACAUCACGAAUUGGUAUAAACAAUGCUGGAGAAUGGACGACACGGCCCUUGAGGUUUUAUAUUUUGGGUAACAAAUGUGUUAGUAAGAGAGAUAAACUUGCUGAGAAAGAGCUCUUGGCAAACUGUGAUAAUAAAGAUUACAAAUAAAA